GUACUUGUAUUUGCAAACUUCGUAAUUUGCGCGACAGCUCAAAAACGCAAGUAGCCGUGAAAAAUCUUAUUAGAUUUUAUUUGUAAAUUGUAAUGUAUUAGUUAUUGUACGAAAAAUUAUACCCAUAACCUUUACUGUAGAGUGUGUACAAUCCCAUAGAAUAUUUAGUGUAUUGAGUGCAACAAAAAGGUGUAAUAAUUUUCAGUGCAUACAUAAUUUUGGCGCAAACUGCGCCUUCUGUUGCCCCACCGCAGUUGUACAACAGAAAAUCGAAACAAGCUUGAAGUAAUCACAAAAUGGCAUUGACCGUAGUCAAAUAUCGCAAGCCUGCGGCUGGCGAUUCGAAGGAGUCGGUGGCACCACAUCCAGCUAUAUUGAUAAAAAGUAAACUGCAGCCACAGUUGGAACAGCAACAAAUUACAAAGAAACCUAUAAUAAAGCUGGGAACUGGCACAAAUCUAAUUAUAAAUAAAAUACCCGCAACAAUAAAGCCUGCCGUGAUGAAGCGCAGCAGCACAUCCGCUAUCGAAGCUCCGUUGAAAUCAACCAAAUAUUCAUUGCAAACCAUUGCCAGUGCAGGCACACCGCUUACUAGUUUUCAAUGGCAACAGACAAUUGGUGGUCCCGGUGGCACAACUAUUACCACUACACCAAAUAAAAAGCAACAGAUUGGAGCUGCUAUAAGCUCACUUCCACCCAAUACAAUUAUACAGGCGAGUAGCGGUGGCUCUAUAUCGAACAGCAGUAAUGUGCAAACUAAUGGGGGAAUUGGUACGACGAUUACACCAGCCGGUAAUACAUUUAGUGCCGUGACGUCACAGGGUACCACCGUGCAAGUUCGUCGUCCAACUAUUGUUAUAAAACGCGAGGUGCCCAAACGCACCAUUCGCAGUGUAACGCUUGAGUUGAUAGAGAAAAAUCCAUAUGUGCAUCUGGGUGUGCUGGCUAAUCGUUUACCGCUACUGAAGAAUGUUAUCUGCAAUACAGCUAACGUGCCACUGCUAGAUUGUUAUGUUACAUUGAAGAAGCUACGCCAAAAUGAGGAAUUUGCGCUGCUCGCCGAAUACUUUGAACUGAGCGAAUCUGAAGUUCAACAGGUCUUUGCACGCACUAUUGUCAAGUUGGCGCGUUAUCUGCGUUAUUUGGUACGCUGGCCCGACAGCAAGAAGUACUACGAUCGCCAUAAAAAUUUGCCUUUCGCAUUCCGGUCGAAUUUGUCGCACGUCCAGUCGUUGAUUGAAUGUGUGGAGACGGAUAUGCAACGCCAAAUUCAAAUUGAUUGUAGCAAUUACAAAUUUAUUCUAAGCAUCACACCAAAUGGCAUUAUUUCAUACAUUUCUGAUGCUUUCGUUGGUCAUCACGACGAUCUGACUAUAUUUACUUCAUCAAACUUUCAAAAUGUUAUACCGAAAUACCUUUCAUUGGUUGCCGAUCCUGGUAAGGGUAUACGUCGCAAAAGAAAGCCCAAACAGUCUUCGACAUCCAGUUCAGUACCAUCUACUGGAAAUGCCGAAACCGAUUCCACUACAGACUCUGCUGAUGAAUCAGCAGAUGAUAUCGAAGUGGAUGACGAGGAUGAUGGCCUAACACUCAGCCGAUAUGCAGCAUCACGUGUGGCUGCUGAAUUGGCUUCCCACCACACCAUGAGCAUUGUAAAUAGUGAAUUAACUUCGCGUAAAGUAAAAGACUUCAGCAUUCCGACGAUGCGUGUACGUGAACCGGUGUGCCGACUGCAAAUACGCCAUAUGAUCUUUUGCUUGCGGGAAUUCAAGUUGUUGCAACCAUAUGCCAUACAGGAGCCAAUCAUUUUUCAAUAUCUCAAUGAGGUAUUGACUGUAGCAGCGGCGUUUACAAAUCUUCAGAGGUAGAAGUAUUUCGGAAAUGUGGUGGGAACGUAGUUAGGAUAUCACGAAUGAUGAAAGAAUGAAGUAAUCAAAUCUUGUACACAGCAUAUGAAUUUACGCUUAAUGGAUUAGAGGGUUGGCUUGUCGCAUGGCAUGCAUUGGUGGAUCAAGAAAAACUUAAGAAAGCUAGCGGAAGAAAACCUUAAGUAAUUAAUUUGCGGUUCAUCGGCAUAGUAAAUCAACUCACCUCAACUAAAAAAAAAAAAACAAGCGGCUUCUUGCCUGUGCGAGCUUA